UUUGUUGUCAAUUAUUAAAGAACUUAGAACUUGAAAAAACUUGGUACGGAAGGAAAGACGGUAGUGCGAAUAGAUUUUUGCAAUAACAAACAAAUAAGACAUUAGACCGGCUAGUUGAAAAUGCCCAUGCCAGAGCACGAUAACAUUUUCCUCUUUAUACCGAAUUUGAUCGGGUAUGCUCGCAUUUUCUUGGCUUUAAUUGCAUUUUGGUUUAUGUCCACCAAUUAUGUUGUGGCAGGUUGGUGUUAUGCAAUAAGCGCCUUGCUGGAUGCCGUGGAUGGCCAUGCUGCCAGAGCUUUUAAUCAGAGCACUCGUUUUGGUGCCAUGUUGGAUCAGCUAACGGAUAGAUGUGGUACCAUGGGCUUGCUGGUUACACUCAGCUAUUUCUAUCCCCAAUACAUGUUUUGGUUCCAGCUGUCUAUGGCCAUUGAUGUUGCCUGUCAUUGGUUAUACAUGCAAACGAGCGUUGUUGUGGGCAAAACAUCUCACAAAGCCACCGAUCUCAGUGAAAAUAUUGUUAUGCGUAUUUAUUACCAAAAAGAUGUAUUGACCUUCAUGUGUUGUGUCAAUGAAGCAUUUUAUAUCAGUCUCUAUCUGUUGCAUUUUACCACUGGACCUGUGUUUUUCGGCUUAUCCCUAUUCAAAGCUGUUGCCGUUCUCACCGCGCCCUUGGCAGUGUUAAAAUCUUUGAUUAGCUGCAUGCAUGCCUAUGUGGCCAGUGUGGAUCUGGCCAAUGUUGACAAACGAGAACGUUUGGAGAAACGUGCCAAAGAAGCUAGCAAACGUUCGGAGUAAAUGCCAAAUGUAUUGCGGAUUUCCUUAUUAGGUUUUAAGUCGCAAGUCCAAACAUAUGUGUAUGGCUUCCAUGUCAAUGCCAUGCCUAUGUGUUUUUGUUGUAGCAAACAACAAAAUGUAUCAACAAAAGAUUCCACUUUAUUUAUUUUGUAAUUACUACUCAGCAAAGAAACUAUAUGAUUUUAUAUAUGUGUGUUAUUAGUUUUCUUCUUUAUAUACACAUAGCAUGUAUAUUUGUCGUUCAACUAAUCGUUGCACGUUCACACAUAAUUUAUUAAAAAAGAAAAUACUGAAAAUGUUUCGAGAGAAAAAAAGGAAGGUCCAUUUUUUUUUGUUUGUAGCUUCUAAGUUAUUCAUUACGCUAUAAGGUAUUGAUUAUUUAUUAAAAUUUUAAAUUAAUUUUUACUUAAUUUUUAAGUAGCUAAACAAAUUUUGUUUACUAUUUAUAUACCAAAACAUUUGUUCUUUUCCUGAGAAUUUUCUUUUAAUACAAAACCCCCUAUUUUCAUCGACUUUAAUUGUAGUUUUUCUUUUGCUUUGUUGUUGAAAUUUUUAUUAAAACCAACCUGAUGAUUGAGAGAAUUUGAAUUAUUGUGUAAAUGUCAAUGAUUGUUUUUUUCAUAAAACAAAUAUUUUGAGAAUAUUGAACAAAAAUAAAAAAUUUAAGCAUUUUAUUAAGGCAAGAACAAAAUAGGUUAUGUACCGAAGAAAGUUAUAUAUAUGUAUAAAUGUCUACCAAACUUA